CUGGUCACUGCAAAUCUUUGCUAUAAAUCGCAAUCUUUUGCAAAUAAAGAUGAUAAAGUUUAUUUUGAUGAUAAACAAACAGGGCCAGACGAGACUGAGCCAAUAUUACGAAUCUUACACACUAGAGGAAAAAUGCUCGCUGGAAUCAGAGCUCAUCAGGAAAUGUCUAUGCAGAGAUGAAACACAAUGUUCAUUCAUACACAUACGUGACAUGUCAAUCGUAUAUCGCAGAUAUGCAAGUCUCUACCUAAUCAUCGGUGCUUGUGCCGAUGAGAACGAAUUGGCCAUACUGGAACUUAUACAAAACAUAGUAGAAACCAUGGAUAGAUACUUUGAAUCCGUAUGUGAGUUGGACAUCAUGUUCAACCUGGAAAAGGCACAUUUCAUACUCAACGAAAUGGUAAUCAACGGAAAAAUCGUCGAUACCAACAAGACAAAUGUACUAUAUCCGAUAUCGCUAUAUGAUUGCACAAAUAAAAAUGGAUAAAUGCAAAUUUCUCUAAUGGAGAAUCUCUAAGGUAGUUUCUAAUAGG